GUCACCGUUAGAUAACACAGCUCGCGGAAGCUGGGUCUGACCCCCCCGCGAACAGCAGCGCCGGGAUUUCACCGUAACGCAGACAAAACCGACCGCUGCCACCUCCCGUCGCCCCGCACACAGCGCCGAUAUCCGGGGAGCUCAGCCCGCGAGGAAUCGAACCUUUCUGUCCGUCUAGUCGCGAGCAUCACACGUGCACGCGGGCUGCAGAUGCCGUCUCUCUCGGAGCAGCUGCAGGAGGUGCGGAGCCGGGCGGAGGUGUGUCUGUACUCCGGCGGCCGGGCGGGGGAGGUGCGGGUCGGGGUGGUGGCCAUGGCGAAGCUGGCCCUGCCGCCCGGCUUCAAAUACCGCCACAUCGCCGCGGAGACCAUGGUGGUAGACAACAGCCUGGGCAGCAACAGGAAGGAGACCCUUGCAUCUCUCCAGCGCUUGUCUACAGCAUUGAACAUCCUAGAGAAGUAUGGCUGUAACCUGACAAAUCCCAACAGGCCAAAGUACUGGAGGACAGUGAAACACAACAACCCGGUGUUUAGGGCCACUGUUGACGCUAUUCAGGGAGGACGAGCAGUGCUCUGUCUCUAUGGUUACUCCAAUCAGCUGGCAGACGGGCUCAGCUUCCCUGAUGAUGUCACGGAUCCUGAUGUGGGCUGCGUUGCUGCGGUAACGCUGGAAGUGAUGAGUCUGAGGAUCGAGCUCGAAAUGCUUAUAAAGGAAGCUCAUCCCCACCCUGAUUUCUAUGAGAGAAUCAUUCCUACACUAAGACACAAGGAUGUGGGUCUCAACACUGACGCUGUGAUCUGCCACUUCUCCUCCUCUUCAAGCCACUCAGGCGGUCAGACCAAGUCACUGGCUCUCCCGCUGCACCACCACUCCUCUAGGGAGAGAAGUGGUGGGAAGUCCCUGUCCUCCAAUCACCAAAGUCUCACGUCCAUCCCCAUCUCCUCGAACAAGCACCCAGAGAACUGCACUAUCUGUGGGAUAUUCCGCAUCUCUGCUCACUGCCUCACCUGCCUCCAGGGCCUGUGCUCAGAAUGUGACAGACUGUACCACUCCAACCCGAAGAGGGCCGACCACCGGCGAACAGCUGUCUCGUCAUCGUCAUUGUCGUCAACAUCCUCCCAAAACAGGAGUCCCAGUUCUUCCACCUGGCGUUGCCUUCACUGCACCAAAGUGAACUCCAUCCAGGAUGUGCUGUGUGAGGAGUGUGAGCAGCCGCGCCUGGAGCCGAUCGGCUCGAAAGCAGAAGAGUCUCAGCCUGCCACCAUCACAGAGUGGCAGUGUAAGAGCUGCACCAUGGUGAACGCAGCCAGCAGCAUUCUGUGCAAAGUGUGUGAGAGACCUCGUUUGGCCACACGGCCUCCAGUGACCCCGUCGCAUCCACCCAUAACGCCCCCUAGACCACCAGCACCAGUGCUGGGCAUGCCGGGUGACCCGGACAGCCAGUGGGUGUGUCAGUUCUGCACCUACCUCAACUACUCCCCCGCCACGGUGUGUGACAUGUGUGACCUGGCUCGUCCAGAGCCCGCCCCCCUGCCCGCAAAGCUCCGCCCUCCCUCCCCGGUCAGACGUGUCCCCGCGCUGCCGAUCAGACCCAAACAGCACCCCCCCGAAGACCUGGAGUCCUGCAGGCAGAGGCUGAUGAAGGAGGAGGGACUGAAGCUCAUUCAGUUGAUCAGAGAUGGUGAGAAGAAAGGAGUGAGUCCAGAGGAGGUGUACACGAGCAGAAGAGCAGCAGAGGGCAGCAGCAUCCUGCCGUGUAGGUGGUUAAAGGCGGAGCUUCCUCUGCUGCUGGACCAGAUCCGGACGUCAGUGGCGACCUUUCCCCUUCAGUCCGUGUGUGGCCACAACGCAGCAGAGCACCCAAGCAGGUCGUGUGAAGCGCCUGCCGAGGAGGCCGCGAGAGCAGCGCAAAGUGCCACUGGCGUCCAGCUGUCCAGAGCGGAGGCCAAGCAGGCCUGGCUGAGAGCGGGGGGCGACAGCGAGCGCGCUGCCAGGCAGGCCCUGAGAGACCGGCUCACCAAGGUGAAGGAGCUCUGUGCGCUGGGCUUCAGCAACGAGGCUCGCUGCCACGAGGGGCUGAGGCAGAGCGGCGGCGAGGUGAGGGGGGCCCUGGCCCUGCUGCAGCGACCACUCCUGGAGCCAUUCCACAAGCACAUCUGGAGUGACAAGCCCGAGCCUCCCGUGGACAUCCAUCACCCUGACAAGCAGCGCGUAUGUCGGAGGUUGCUCGCGGUGUACGACCUCCCCAGCUGGGGCCGCUGUGAGCUGGCCCUGUCGCUGCUCCUUGAGCACAGCGCCCCCUACUCACUGGAGGACGUGGUGCAGGCUGUGCGAGAGUCCCACGACAGAGAGUUCAUCAAGCGCGUGCUGGCUAAGGAGUGUCCCAUCUGCCUCUCUGUCUUCCCCCACAGCAAGAUGCAGUCUCUGACGUCCUGUCAGUGCUCCGUGUGCUGUGGGUGCUUCCAGCAACACUUCACCAUCGCGGUCAGGGACAAACACAUCAGAGACAUGGUGUGUCCGGUCUGCUGGGAGCCGGACAUCAACGACCCCGAACACCUCAACAGCUACUUCUCCACCCUGGACAUCCAGCUGCGGGAGUGUCUGGAGCCAGAGGUCUACGAGCUGUUCCAUAAGAAGCUGACGGAGCAGGCCCUGAUCAAGGACCCCAAGUUCCUCUGGUGCUGCCAUUGCUCAUAUGGGUUCAUCUACGAUGGAGACCAGCUGAAAGUCACCUGUUUCCAGUGUCGCAACAGUUUCUGUGCUCAGUGCAAGAAGCCUUGGGAGUCCCAGCAUGCCGGUCUGUCCUGUGAACAGUACCAGUCGUGGAAGAGAGAGAAUGACCCCGAGUACCAGAGACAGGGCCUGGCCGGCUACCUCCGAGACAACGGCAUCAGUAAGCACGACAGCAAACUAAUCGCCAUGGCGAUGUUUCAGUUUGUUCCCUUUGAUUGGUGGGAACGGCCCACGGGUUGCAGAAGUGUGUUCAUUUGUAGCUUGCUGCUGACGCUCCCUUCCCCUCUGGUCCCUGCAGCCUGUCCUAACUGUCGCUUUCAGUACGCGCUGUCCAAAGGGGGCUGCAUGCAUUUCUGCUGCUCGCAGUGUCGCUACCAGUUCUGCAGCGGCUGCAACAACCCGUUCCACACCACGUGUGCUGUGGACGAAUGCAGUGUGUCUGGGUUACACGCCCAUCAUCCCCGGGACUGCCUCUUCUACCUGAGGGACUGGGAACCUGCCCGACUGCAGGCUUUACUGGAGAACAACGCAGUGACCUUCAACACUGAACCGCCCCCUGGAACACAGACAGGUCUGUGUGGGGUGAUCGAGCAGAAGGAUGAGGGCGGCCAGCAGCCAGAUUCAGCUUGUGGAGCUCAAACCCAACCCGGACAUGCUGGACUCUGCGAGAAGCAUUACCGGGAGUACCUGGUCAGCCUAAUCAACAGCCAUUCCAUUGACCCCGCCCCCAUCUACAGCUCCAACGAGCUGCUGCUGGCCUGCAAGAGGUACAAGGUGGACGACAGCCGCAGGGACGGAGAGGACGGCUUCACCUACUUCAGCCGGCUGCUCAAGAAGCUGAUGGAUGAAGUACCGCUUGGCGACAAGGUGCCACGCAAGAAGUAGGGAACCAACUCCCUGCUUCCUCCCUCUGAUGCAGGCCCCAGCGCUCCAAUCACAAUCCUGUGUUCGCUGCUCAUUUAUUUGUCUUAUUGUGUGUGAAAUGAAUGACUAUCUUUAGUGCAUGUUAAAACUUGACAUGUGGGUAUUGUAGCAGUAUUUACAGGUUAUUUUGCCGUUGACGUAUUUGUUGCAAAGCAGAGUUAUUGAACUAAUCUGAUUGGGUGGUAUGCACAACCUGAAUGUGAACUUGUGUUGAACAAAUGAUUUAACAUGCAUGUGAGGCCUGUACUGCUGAAAAUAAAUGCUCUUACAUAUCA